CAUUGAUCAUUUUGAGAUGAAGCAAGACCAGUUCUACCAAGGGGAUCUCUCCCCAUAUGUCUAUAAGACUAGUCCAAGAAAGAGGCAUGCUGUUGAAUAUACUAUCAAGAGAGGAAUGCCAAGAAAAAGCUCUUCUGUCUUAAGCGACAUCAAGGACAAAGAUCUCUUCCACUCCAAGCUUGACUACAUGAAUUAUAGUUAUGAGUAUCGGAAGGAGUGGGCUAAGAAGAACUGUAGAAGUAAUAACAAGUCGGUUAUUUUCCCUUCAACUACCCUUGACUUGAUCAAGAGCAAAUACAACAAGGACAUUCCUAAUGCAGAUUUUGAGAAGUUGAUUGAAAAUAAGCUCCCUUCAGAGAGAUCCUAUGAAAAUCGUAGCAGGUCUGUUAUGAAAAGCUAUUCAUCAAAGAAAAGUAACAAUCUUUUCAAAUUGAUCGAAGGUCCCAGUUGAAAGUCUCAAUCAACAGAAAGGUUAGCAUUUAAAGUAUCAAGGGAUAAGUUCCGUGGGUUGCAAGACUACAGUUUUAACUCAGGUGCUUCUUCGAUCCAAAUCCAGAAUUCAAAACAGCGUUCGGCCGGUUCAAAGAUGAAGUUGUUACUCCCAUUUACCAAAUCAUGCAUCAUGCGUAAAUAACGAAUUUCUCAAGAAGAAGACUCGUGAGACUUUGAAAUAAGAUCUCUGACAGGCGGUUUUCUAUAGCUUUUCAGCGUAAAAUGGAUAAUUCUGAAUACUACCAGAAUGAAAGGAAUAAGUUCAGAGAUCAGGUCAAGAAAAUUUAUGAAAAAGAAAUUAAAGGCUGUGAGGGGCUAGAGGCUAGAACAAACCAAUUUCAAAUAAAACUGAUAGAAAUGCAUCAAAAAAUUGUAAAACAAUUUAAAGACACAGAGAAAGUCCUUAACUUUGAAGAUGUAAUGUUCGGCUACAACAGAAUCGAAAACUAACCCCCUAAACUCCUUCUCAAACCCUCCUAAAUUCCCCAAAAAAAACACAAAAUUCUCAAAAAUUAACUUU